UGUGACACUUAUAAGCAUUGUUUCCGGUAGAAAAGAUGUCAGUCACUCCACCUACCAUAAUAUAUCCAUAAUAAAGUCCAGUCUGGAUACUAAAGUGCUAUAGUUCUACCAGUAGGAUGAAGGAUUUAGUAGUUUCCUUGUUUUCGCUAUUGACAGUAUCUGUCUUUUGGAAUUCCUGUAAAGGGCAGUCAAUGGCAGAAUUAAGGAAAGCCAAUAUAACUGGUGUCAGACCUACAGAUAUAAACAGUCCAGAAGCUCAAACAGGACUAAGCAUGGACCAAAUCAUCGUUAGAGCAAUGGGCGGUAUUGAAGUUGCAGCACAAAGUAUGGUAUCCCCAGGAGGAAUGAUCUUGGCGGAACUUGACAUGCUGUUGACAGAGGAACAAUUUAGUACCUUAUACGAGCCACCAGAAUAUGGUGACCUACGUGAGAUGCCUUUCUUUGAACAUAGAAGAAAGAGAAGGAAAGCCGUAAGACAAUUAGACCUGAGGUGGGCGGAUGGCGUUAUGCCUUAUUAUUUUGCUGAUGGUCAUUUUUCUGACAAAGAAAAAUACCUAAUUAAAGUGGCAAUGCGUGAAUGGGAGAAAUACUCUUGUGUUAAGUUUAGGGAGAAAACCCGUAGCGACAGGAACUAUGUUAGAUUUCAGAAUGGAAUGGGAUGUAAUUCUCAGCUUGGAAUGGUUGGUGGAAUGCAAGUUCUCAAUCUUGACGUUAAUGGUUGCAGAUGGAAAGGACUAUAUCUGCAUGAAAUUGGACAUGCGUUAGGUCUUGUUCACGAGCACCAGCUUCCAAACAGAGAUGAAUUUAUAGAAAUUAUGUACUCCAAUGUCGAACCGAGCAUGCGUAUAUGGUUCAAUAAAUAUUCAGGACAAGAAGUCAACCAAUAUGAUGUCACUUAUGAAUAUUCUUCAGUUAUGCAUUAUGGAAUUACGGCUUUUUCCAGUGACGGCAAAUCCCAGACCAUCAGAGCUAAGGACAAGUCUAAAGAGGAGACAAUCGGAAAGGUUUGGCGUAAAGAAUUGUCCUUCAGUGAUGUCAAGGCGGUCAACAGAUUAUACAGAUGUGGUGAAAGAUGUCCUUCCAACAUUCGUUGUCGUGAUGGAGGUUUUGUUGACCAGAACUGUAGAUGUAUUUGUCCUGACGGAUCACAGAACUGCCAGGAAGGCCAACCUGCCACCGGAACUGAUGCUGACCAAGACGAUACUUGUACAAAUAUGUAUGACGAAUGGGCCUGUAAUGUUUGGGCAUCACAAGGUGAAUGUAAAGCAAACAAGAAGUUCAUGCUGACCUCCUGCAGGAAAGCUUGUAAACUGUGUGGCGACGAUGCCGAAAGCGACGAGGGAGACCAUGUGAUGACAUGGGCGUGGAUGUGGCUAGGGACAUUUGCAAACUUAUUUCCAAGGAACUGGUCAAUAGCUGAAUGCACAGACAAGUUUCCUCCUGCAAAAUGUCAAAAAUGGGAGAGUCUUGGAGACUGUGUAACAAGUGAGGAAUGGAUGACUGAAAAUUGUAGAAAAACCUGCAAUAUGUGUAGUAAAAGGCAAGCAGAAUUUGAUGCGACUACAAACUGUAGAAAUUUAUACGAAAACAGUGAGAAAUGUGACGGUUGGGCGAAAAAGGGAGAAUGUGGAAUAAACCCGUUUUGGAUGACUGAGAAUUGUAGAAAAUCUUGUCGACUCUGUCACAAACUGACGACAGAGCAGCCACCACAAAAAGAUGACGCCGGAGAUAAUAAUGAUGAGGAAGACACAGAAGAAGAAGAGGAAGAUAGAAGUGGUAGAACAGCCAGAAGCUGCCGUGAUCUACAUGAUACAAGAAAAUGUAAAAAAUGGGCGGACCAAAACGAAUGUACUGUCAACCCCGAUUGGAUGAUUCCUAACUGUAGAAAAUCAUGUGAUAGAUGUGUUGGAGGUACCUGUAGGAAUUAUCACGAUGAUACAGAAUGUGACAGGUGGUCAAGUAGAGCUGAAUGUAUAAAGAAUCCAUCUUGGAUGAGGAGAAAUUGUGCAAAAGCUUGUCAUUCAUGUAACGAGCAGGACAUGGAUGUGUUUGAUGACGAUAAAGAGCGAGACGAAGAUGAAGAGGAGGACGAUGGCGAUACUACUGAUACACAAAACGAUCGUGACACAAAUGUUGGAAGACGACGAGAUAAUCAAGAUGACAAAAACACCGUUACUAGUACUGUUGAUGCUGAUGAUGCUGAAUGUACUGAUGAACGUCAGGAAUGUGAAGCCUGGGCAAGACAUGAACAUUGUGACAUAAACCCAGACUAUAUGCUCAAAUCAUGUCAAAAGGCUUGUGGGGUUUGUCAGAAUACCAGAGAAGAUACGAAUGGCGGACGGACAACGACGGUUGCUGGUAGAGAUGACAGGAGCCAUACUGAUGACGACAGAGUGGUCAAUGAUGGCGGUACAAGAGACCGUAAUACAAACACAAAUACUUGUGAAGAUGACAACCAGGACUGCGACAGUUGGAAAAGAAGUGGAGCUUGUGAUAGUAAUCCUAGCUAUGCUUUACGUCAUUGUAAAAAAUCUUGUAAUAAUUGUAAAGAUGGUUGUCGUGAUGAGCACACCCUUUGUCCUAUAUGGGGAAGAGGUAAAAGUUGUACCUCAAAUCCGGGAUAUAUGCUUCGAUUUUGUCAAAAAACCUGCAAAGUAUGUCAGUGAUAAACACGAUUCAUUUCACAGUCUUGUCAUAAAUGUAUAAUUGUAAAGGAUGUAACAUAUGGGUUUUCACCUAUACUUUUAAUAAUCUGUAAAAUUGACUUUCAAUAAGGAAUAUAUAAUUUGAUAAUCCUGGGUCGCCGACUACUGUUCAUUCAUUUGGCGAGUAAUGCUAGUUGGCAUUACAUUCUGGUGUUUUUUCGACACAGUAAGUAAGUAAAUGAAGAUUUCAUAGUAAAUUAACGUCUUCUACAUUGAAAAUGUAAUAAUCGUUUAUAUUUUGUUAUAUUUUGUUAUAUUGAUGUAAUAUUAAUUACUAGUAAGAAUUCUAUGUAAUGGUUAGUUAAAAUAUUGUUGUUAGUGAUGAAUAAAGACUCCGUGUAUGUCCAGCAAACAAAAUCAAUAAAUUUAUUUACAAAUUUG